AUGCGAUCACAGCAUGAACCACAAAAUUUCCUACUGCCACACCAUUCAUCCUCCAGUUCCAGUAGUUCUCCCCCACCUACUAGUUGCAAGCGCAGUCUAUCAUCAGUGUCUCAAUCUGGCCCUGGACAUCCUUUAUCUGACACAACAUAUCAUUCACACAGCCAGAGCAGAUUGGAGGGAGCUUCUGACAGUUGUACUCAGGCUAGUGGUGGCCAUGAUUUUGAACAUGAUGCACCAUACAAUGCCUUCGAGGAUUGGCAUUCUGCUGAGCCACCAGCAGACUCUACAGGUGGCUUGGAUGUAGAUCAGCCUCCUGGUAGCAGUGCUAGUUCUGACAGCCAAGCUCAGAGUCAACCUCAGGUAACUAGGACAUAUUAUCCCAUCAUAAAUGGAAGAAUUUGCAAUGAUCAAGGGAAUCCCAUACCCUUAUAUGCUCCACCACCUCCACACCCAUCAGAUCAUGGAUCUGAUGACUGGACACCAUACAAUGAUCAUGUCAAGUUUGAAGUUACCGAUUUCCUGCACCGUUGCAACCAAAUGUCUGCAGGCAACAUCAAUUUUGUGUUCAAUCUGUGGGCAGCCUCAUUAGCAGCUCAUGGUGAUACCCCACCAUUCACAAACCACACUGACAUGUAUGACACCAUCAAUUCAACUCCUCUUGGUAGUUUGCAGUACAAUGGAAUUCUACCUGAUAACUCAGAUGAUGUUUCAUCAUGGAUGAAGUCUGAGUAUGACAUACAUAUGGAUGAAUUCAACUAUGCACUGGUACAGGAGUAUAGUGUUAGUGAUGGAGCACAUCAAUUUCAUGACUUUAUGUCCAGUGACUGGUGUUGGAAACAGGCUGACUUAAUUGUGCAAGAUCCAGAUACAAUAGGAGCAAUGUUCAUUCCUAUCAUCCUUGGAAGUGACAAGAUGACAGUCUCUGUCACCACCGGCCAUAACCAAUAUUGGCCAGUCUACAUGUCUAUUGGCAACAUCCACAACAAUGUGCAGUGCACACACUGCAAUGGCAUUGUACUACUUGGCUUCUUAGCCAUUCCAAAAACUGAUAAUGAAGCCACAAAGGAUGCACACUUCCGAAAGUUCUGCUGCCAACUUCUACACUCAUCACUUGCAAAGAUGCUUGAAACCCUCAAGCCUGGCAUGACCAAACUGGAGGUUCAAGCACUGCUUGCAUGUAUUGUACAAAAUUGGUGUUCAAAAUGCACCACACCAGCAGACAGUCUCAAUGACACAUAUGGUGGACAUUCCCAUGAUCACACCAAAGUUUUGGUUGAGGAAUUCAAACUAGGUGUUCUGUGGGAUGAAUACAGCCUUGUUGGAGACAUUGUGCCAUUCACUAACUAUUUUCCAUGUGCUGACAUACACAAGCUCCUCUCCCCAGAUAUCUUACACCAGCUCAUCAAGGGAGCAUUCAAGGACCACCUAGUUCAGUGGGUGCAUGACUAUAUUGAGGCUCAAUAUACAGAAGCCAAUGUGAACAGGAUACUGGAUGACAUUGACCAUCAAGGAUUCAAACAGUGGACUGGUGAUGACUCAAAAGCUCUCAUGAAGGUCUAUAUACCUGCUAUUGAAGGUCACAUACCCACAGAGAUGGUACAGACCUUGCAAGCACUACUCAACUUCAUCUACAUCACUCAUCACAACAUUAUCAGCUCUAGCAGCCUCAACACAAUGAAUGACACCUUGAAGCAUUUCCACAGGUACUGCAAGAUAUUCCAAACAUCCAGUGUUUGGCCCAAAGGAUUUAAUCACCCUCAACAACAUUCACUCAUCCAUUACCAUAAGCUCAUUCAAGCAUUCAGCACACCAAAUGGGCUUUGUUCAUCUAUUACAGAUUGUUUCAAAGCUCUCAGUCAAAUGUUACUAACCAAUCAACAUCUCGACAAGCUAGCCACUUCAUGCUGUAAUGCAGAUGAGGAUGAGGGUAAAACCAAUGCUGAGCCUGAUGCUGAUGCUGUUGAUGGGCCAAUGGUACUUGCCCAUGUUGACCUGGCAAAGACAGCUGCCAAACAGAUCUACCCAGAGCUCAUUGCAGAUCAGAUAGGUCAACCCAACUUCACAACUUUGAUUCAGCAUUUUCUGCACUCUGACUCAUCCCGGUCUGCACUUCCUGAGAUCUACGAAAAGAUCACACUGUACACUUCAGCCAUGGCCACCUUCUUUGCUCCUAGUGAUUUAUCAGGGAUCAGCAAUACCUGGAGAAAUGGCCCUGGGCACUAUGAUUGCAUCUUUCAUGAUGGUAUCAUGUACCCUUGUGCACUUGUACAAUGGUUCAAAUGUGUGGCUGACUCCCCAGAUGAACUUAUGGGAAUGUGGGUUCACACUGUGUCUGUCAUCCACCUUGAUAGUAUAUUUUGUGCAGCCCACCUUAUUCCAGUAUUUUGGGGUGACUUUGUGCCAACCAAUCUCACUUACUCACAGACACUCAAUGCUUUUUGCACUUAUUAUGUCAACAAUUUCAUUGAUCACCAUGCAUAUGAGAUCACAUUUUGA